AUGGACGAGAACACGGUCAAUCUAGGCCGCGUUGGCGAUGAUACUCACAUGACCUCUGGUCAGGAUGCUCCGGGCGAUGUGGUCAAUGCUUCUGAUGGCCCCGCAUCGCCCAAGCCUAGGACCACCGGAGAGGAAGACGAGGAGAUGGGCGGUACAGAGAACGAGACGAAGAAGGAAAGCGAAGGCAGCGAGGAGCUCGCAGACGUUGCCGCACAAUCAGGCGCAGAGGGCGGCUCUGAAGAGCAGACUGUGCAGGCCAAAUCAUCCCUCGAAGCGUCAGCCCGAUCUCACCUCGUCUCCCAAACACACGCCAUAAUCCUCCCCAGCUAUUCGACAUGGUUCGAUAUGCACACAAUUCAUCCGAUCGAGAAAAAGGCCCUGGCCGAGUUUUUCAACGGCAGGAAUCGCAGCAAGACGCCCGCUGUCUACAAGGAUUACAGAGACUUCAUGAUCAACACCUACCGACUAAACCCUAUUGAGUACCUUACUGUCACAGCAUGCCGCCGUAACCUUGCGGGAGACGUGUGUGCUAUUAUGCGAGUCCAUUCUUUUCUGGAGCAGUGGGGUCUGAUUAACUACCAAGUGGAUCCUCAAACUCGACCUUCGAACAUCGGUCCACCUUUCACAGGCCAUUUCCGAGUAGUUGCCGAUACACCUCGAGGACUGCAGCCCUUCCAACCUGGCCCGAACCAUUUCGUCAAACCCGGCAAGCCUCUACCCGCCACUGAGCGCGCGGCUUCUGCUACUCCCGCCACCAAGGCUGACUUGAAUCUCGAGAUCCGUCGCAAUAUUUAUGAUGACAAGGGUAAGGAGGUAACGCCCGCUGUCGAGGAUAAAGACAAACAGGCCAACGGCGAACCAGCUGCCAAUGGCACCGGUGACGCUACUAAGGCUCUCGAGUCUGCGUCACAAGAACCCAAGAAGAAGUUCCAGUGCUUUUCAUGUGGUAUCGACUGCACACGCCUCCGCUUCCAUUACGCCAAAUCCACACCGGCCACCGGCGCUGCUGCUCCGGACUCGAAGUACGAUCUCUGCCCCAACUGCUUCUUACAAGGCCGGAUGCCAUCGAGCCAUAACGCUUCCGACUUUGUUAAACUUGAGGACUCGUCAUAUUCGAGAGUCUCUGACCGGGAAGCUCCUUGGUCAGAUUCCGAACUCUUGCUCCUUCUCGAGGGUUUGGAGAACUUCGACGAAAACUGGGAACAGAUUGCCAACCACGUCGGUACAAGGACGAGGGAAGAGUGUGUAAUGAAAUUCCUCCAGCUGGAAAUUGAAGACCAAUACCUUGAUGAUGGCCAGGAGCUGCGAGCAGGCCCUGGCCGUGAGCCUGUCAGCCACGUGGAAAACCCGGUCUUGUCCGUGGUAGCAUUCCUGGCGCAAAUGGCAGAGCCCUCAGUAGCCGCUGCCGCUGCCGGCCGAUCCGUGGAUGAGAUCCGAAAGGAGCUCAAAAGACAACUUGACAAGGCACCCACCGCAGACAAGUCCCAAGACAAGGGCAAGGAGAAGGAGGGCUCCGCUGCCGCAGUCAAGAGCGAAGAUUCCAUGGACGUUGACACCGCUCGUGAGGAGCCAUCUACGUCGACAGAAUCGUCCGAGAAGCAGCCCAAGGCAUCCCUGGCCACUGUUGCCCUCGGCGCUGCAGCCGCGCGCGCCGGCGCCCUCGCAUCUCACGAGGAACGCGAAAUGACCCGCCUCGUCUCUGCGGCCGUCAACGUUAGCCUGCAGAAGUUCGAAAUCAAGCUGCAACAAUUCAACGAGAUGGAAGAGAUUAUUGAAGCCGAGCGUCGCGAGCUCGAACUCGCCCGUCAACAACUCUUCCUUGACCGUCUCGCCUUCAAAAAGCGCGUGAAGGAGGUCCAAGAUACGCUUCAGAACAUCAGCCUCAGGGGACCCGGUGCCCCCAGUAAUGAUCUUCUCGCUGAUGCCGCUACUGCUGGCAUCAACAACAGGUAUAACUUUCAACCUGGCCCUCAUGCUGCAGGGGCUCCGCAGCCAUUGAGCGCGACGGCGGGCACAGACUUCAAGACCUUGGAUCUGUGA